UUUUCCAACACAACUUGAGCCUGUGGUCUCGACCGCCGCAUCAGGAGGCAUUCGGACAGGAUAACCAGUUUUCCCCGUUCGAACGAGAAGUGGGAUAAAUAGCUCACCUGGAAUGUCAGCUGGUGUGAUACAUUCUCCAGUACCAAUGUCUCAGUUAUAUUCGAAAUUCGACAAGGACUAUUAUUAUCUUAUUUAUUUAUUUGAAAAUAUAUUUAAAUAUAAUAUUGGACCUGUUCUAUAUUUAAGAGAUGAGGAAUUACGUACAUUAUUUACAUUUGACGGAUAUUUGUCCUCAUCUUGUCUGUUGCUAACACAACGUUUCGGCUGAUAAACCCUCCAGCCUUCAUAAGGUGUCUUGGGGAAAUUUCGAACCUGAGUUCUCAUUCCUAAUAUCGUACCUGUUAUAAAUAUUUUGUUUCUAAGAAAAAUCACGAUCCAUGUAAACAUUUAACGCCUCCCUAAGCCCUUGUAUGAACUCUCAACACUCUCAGGGAGCCUACCACCUGAGAUCCUCAAUUCAUUCAUGGAGUCGUAGAGAGCGCCGUCGUGACAAAUGGUGUACCUUAGAGAUUUUCAAGGCUUUUGCACCCUCCUCUUCCAUGUGCUGACCCUACAAAGUCAUUUCAUGAGUUUAAGAUACAGUUGCAGUUCCCCUUGGUCUUCAAGAAGACCCGAUGAUUCGAUCCUCUCUUUGGAGAUUUGUGUGUGUGCGUGUGUGCACUGGGUACCAUGCACGGCAUGGUGUAAUUUGAGGGAAUUUGGUUACUUUUUUAAGCAGGCCGAACGACCACAUAGGAGGUUCUUCGCUGGUUUAUUCGUUUAUGUCUGUGAAAGAGAGCUGGUAUCGUUUAACCACCAAAGGCGACGGGCUGGCAGUAUCAUUAGCACGCCGGACAAAAUUCUCAGCGGCAUUCACUCCGUCUUUACGUUCAGAGUUCAAAUCCCGUUGAGGUCGACUUUGCCACCAUCCCUUAAGAGUCAAUAAACUAACUACCAGUCGAGCACUGGGGUCGAUGUAAUCGAGUAACCCCCUCCUCCAAAAUGUCAUGCCUUUGUGUCUAUAAUAGAAAGAAUUAUAGUUUAAGCACGGGUUAACUUUGAUCGAAAAGACCUAUGAUGAUAGGCGUCCCAGUAGUGACCAUCCAGUCAAUUCAUAAAUCAAGGAAUUAUAACAACCAAUGGUGCGAAUGAAAGGAAAAUUGACUGGUAUUUCUAGCAAAUCAAGUGGAAUGACCGGGUAAGAAGUGCCCUCGUUCUCGCCAGUAAAAGAGAGUUAUCUGCCCUUCUGUUUCCCAGUUACGACAGUUGAGCAGCGAAGUUCCUCAGAAAAGCACGUGUACAUACUGAGUUACACACCUCUAUCAAGAAACACCUUGAUAUAUCGGUAACACGGCGAUCUUGCCCCUCACAUCACAAAACAUACACUUCCUGCUCCAGAAUUCAUCUUCUGCUUCUUUCAGUCGUCAUCUGUUACGUUUGUUUAAAUUUUGUUUUCACUUUUCCCAAAUAUUCUUCUUUAAAAAAAUUAAACUAAUCGGAAGAUGGCGUUAAAUGAAGCUCAAAUGAAACUAGUUGUGGAUUUAGAAAUGGAAAUGAUGGCGGACAUGUAUAACAGAAUGACUAGUGCCUGCCAGAAGAAAUGCAUUCCACCACGAUACAAAGAUGCCGAACUAAACAAAGGUGAAGCAGUUUGUUUAGAUCGAUGUGUGGCCAAGUACCUCGAUGUUCAUGACAGAAUUGGUAAAAAACUCACAGCUAUUUCACAACAAGAUGAAGCUGCCAUGAAAAAGUUACAAUCACAAAUUCAGAACCAACAACCAACUUAAAACUUAAUAAACGAUUAGACUUUAAAAAAAAUAUUGGGGCUUUUUUUUUUUUUAAUUAAUAUUUAAUUAUGUUGGGUUUCAUUGAUUUUUUUAAAAUAUCAAAUAAAAAAAAAAUAGAAAAAAUAUAUAUGAAUUAUAGGGAAUGAAA